GACCUCCUGGAGCAGGCAAAGGCACGCAGGCUACUCGGAUUACGCGACGAGUUCCUGCGCACACUGCACCACAUGGCUACUGGAGACAUGCUGCGUGAGCAGGCUCCCAAAAGGACGCCUCUGGGAACGAGGCCAAGAAGAUCAUGGAUGCCGGUGGAAAUCGUCUCGGACGACAUUAUGGUGGGCAUGAUCAAGGACCAGGCUGGAGAACAACUCUGCGUGCACAAGAACGGCAUUCGUUCUAGACGGGUUCCCUCGCACACCUGUUCCCAGGCUCAGAAACUGGACGGCAUGCUCUCAGCGGAAGGAGAAGCUCGACUCCGUCGUGCAACUCCAGAUCGACGAUCAGCUGCUCAUUUCGCGCCCCCCAAGAAGCCGAUGACGGACGACAUCACCGGCGAACCGUUGAUUCAGCGGUCGGACGAUAACGUUGAGACGCUCACCAAGCGGCUCAGCUCGUUCCAUUCUCAGACGGGUCCGGUUGUCGACUACUACAAGGCUAAGGGACUAUGGCAUGGCAUUGAUGCAGCACAGGCGCCUGCUGUCGUCUGGGAAAACAUGCGCAAGACCUUUACCGACAAAAACAAGCGAAAACUGAAAUGCGAUGGGACGCGGCCCGUGUGCGUCCAGUGCGUGAAGAUGAACCGCGAGGUGGAAUGCGAGUACGACGACAAAAAGCAGAAGAGCAGGACGCAGAAACUCAAGGACAAGCUCUCGCAGCUCGAGGAGCGGCUCCGCGAACUCGAGUCCGAGUCGUCGCACAGUUCUGAAUCCCCGGGGAGCGAUCAAUCGGCGCUUCCGGCUACUCAGCGAUCAUCCCCCGAGCUGGUCUCGACAGUGGGGGCAUAUGCUAGUAACAGCGCGGUCCUUGAGUCGCCCGGAACCAUGCCUCUGGCGGAGAUGGAGGGUGUGAGCGGUCUGGCGAUGGAGAACCUCUUCGAGACGUUCGCAUGGCCGACGUCAUCGAGCAGCUCGUCGUUGUACAGCAGCACGUCAGGGUACGAGACACCUGCUCUGGAUCUGGAUCAAGUCGUCCCCGACCCCGAAAUGUCCUUCUUCGAAAUGUCCCCGUUUUCCAGUGUCCCCGCCAACCCUGACGUGCCGUAUAUGCCACAGUGGGAUCAGAAGGAACCUUUACCGUUUGAGAGCAGGAGGAUUCUGCUCGAUAUAUUCAUGGCGCACCGACACCAGUGUUGGUUCGACUGCCAGAUGGACCGAUUCCUACCCGUCACUUCUUCGACACAGCCAGGUCGCGAACCACACCCAGCACUCAUGAACGCGAUCUAUUUGCUGGCGUGCCACUUUGCCCGCUCGCCCUAUUGCACCGAGAUCGAGCUGGUUCUUCUUCAUCGCACGCUGCACGAGAUCACCAUCGCUCUGGACGCCUCGGACCGCCUCGUCGAUGUCGUCCAAGCAUCCUGCCUCCUCGCCACCUACCUCUACAUCAACUGCCGUGCGCUGGAGGGCUAUUGCCAUUCGUUCUCCGCCGCCCGUCUGGCUGUCGGCGUGAGCAUGCAUCAGAUCCGUGGACUCGGGGGCCCAACAAUCGACGCAGCACCGCUCUACAACACCGGCACCACGCCUAUUCCCAUCCCCGCGGCGCGAGAUCAGGCCGAACUUGAAGAUCGCGCCGCCGCGUUCUGGCAGUCACUACCCGAUGGAGAUAGCCCUCAAUUGCAGAUCAACACGCCCUGGCCUGGUUCGCCGCUCGACGGAUCGAUGCUGGAUGCUUCGCAAAACACGAUCGGCUCGUUGUUCGACCUGGGAGCCCUCGAAGCAGAUCUGGCGCACAUCCCUGCCCUCCGAGUCAAGGCUGCAGCGCUGUACGAGCGGACGUUCCGAUUGUCGAACACAGUGAAGAAGACGGACGCAUAUUGGCUUGAUUAUCAGGCGGCGGAGAUGGCCCUAGACCGAUUCUGCCUGCACCUGCCCCCCUUCGUGGGCUAUGAAUCGUGGGAGAACGCAGUCGCCGCUGAUCGACGUGGACUUGUUUGCGAUCCACACGAUGCCUUCCAGGCCGCCAGCUCUGUGCUCGGGCUGAUUCGGCAACUGACCGACGGUGACUACCAGUUCCUGGACCCUACACUGAGUGCUUGCUGGUCCACCGUCGCUCGAACUUAUGUUCGGCUACUCGCGAUAUCUGGGCAGGAAUUCGGUGCCACGACGAUGUACACUGUCUCGGUUAUCGAGCAGGAUCUGGAAGCGAUCCUGAAUGCCAUGAAGACCCUGAGCGCGUUCUUCCCCUGGCAGGCGACCACGCGAUGAAGAUUGAGCAGGAAGCAGCGCAGGCAAGGAGUGUUCUCGAUCUAUGAGUCUCUCUCUCGCUUGAACGCUGUAUGUACUACUUAUCCGAGUAAUCUUAUCGACAUUGUAUUCACAAGACACAUUCUUGUACUAAUGUAUCCUACUUUCUGUAUAUGUCUUUUACUGGCCGGUGAAUUGAUAGUCUCCGAGCGAAGCAAC